CCCGAUCUGUCAUGGACGAGCCCAUCCAGACGGUCACAGAAGACCCAGAGCGCGCCAGCCCCUCCCAUUCACGCAGCCGAGUGCCCAAGGAGCGUGCGGGGCGCCGACCGUCGCUGCCCACGCCCUUCUCAGGCGGAGAUGAGGCGUCUGCUGCUGCCGAUGGUGGUGACAUGUACUUCGAUGUGGUGGAGAAUGGCGACUGGGACAUCCUCGACACGCCCCGUGAGCCCUCAGCUGCGGCCGUCGCCGACUCAGUCUCGCGAACACGACCAUCCAUCACCACCCUGCCCAUCCCCGAGGCGACGACAGAUGUGGACGAGGACCACCACGAGGCUUCGGCCCAGGACCGCGGCAGCUCUCGCAUCAUGCAGGUGCUCCGCGGUGCCCGCUUCUUCCGGGGCCAGGACACGCCGUCCAACACUUCUCCCACGUCGGGGUCGUGGCUGCGGGCGGGCAUCAGCUCAUAUGGCCUGUCGCCCAGGCGGCCGCUUCCUGCUGACGUGCCGGAGAGCAUGAUGCCGGCAGCAGCAGCAGCAGCGUCAGCAGGAGAGCGGAAUGGUGAGGCGUGGGUGGUGGAGCCAUUAGAUAGUGGGGAGGUGGUGGGUGGACGGCCAGCGAGGAGGGGCGGCGGGCAGGCGGGCAGGACGGGGGAUCUAGGGGAGGCCGACGGUUCAGACAGAAAGAAGGAUCAGUGAGGGUGACAGACACGUCGGGUGAGGGCUCCAGUUUUGUUUUGAGUAGUCAUGAUUGACUAGCCAACACGAGUGGGAGGACACUUGCACUGUCGUUUUUCUGUGAACAUGGCUCCGCAGCCUCGGCUCCUAUCAACGCUGCGAGACGUAUUUGCAUGGUCAUUGCUCACUUCGCGCUGGUUUCCUCGAUAUGACAAACGCUUUCAUGGACACAGCAUCUGCCCUCAGGGGCCGGGACUCGGUGUCCGCUAACGAACGAACGAGACAAAGCGAGCUUAAAGGCUUGCGUCGCUUUGUCGAAGGAAAAGGAGUUUUAUCGCUUUGUCGACCCAUCUUCAUGCUCUGAGGUCAGCCCUGCCACCGAAAAAGCUGACUAUGCAAUGCAUUCGUGUCCUCAUCCCUCACUCUCGUGCACACACGCGAUGCUGCAUCCUUUCCCACGGUUCUGUUCUGCAAUGGCUGCAGAGGUCGAUGGCUACUGGUAGUAAGCGUGAGGUUGAGGCCCUCAAGAGGGCAUGCGGCGCGCUGCACCGGGAGGGCGACGAACCAGGAGGGCCUGCAGUAGUGGCGCGCGAGCAAGAAAUGGACACGCUGGAACAAUUCCUUAAAGGGUAUGGAGCACAAAGAGGGCAGCACAUCCCUUCUUGCCCUUCUUGCCCAUCUGUUUGUUGCUAAUUGGUUUGUUGAUCAGGGCGUAUCAUCAGGAUGGCCACGGCUGCCUGUAUGUGUGGGGGCCGCCCGGCAGCGGCAAGACCCUCUGUGUGACGCGUGCGGUGGAGGGCGUGACGGGCAGCAAGCCCCGCCUCAUCAACGCCAUGGACGACGGAGCCUUCACCGCCAUACUCGCGCAGCUGGCAGACAAGGUCGACCUGAACCCCAAGGCCAAGCAGCAGCUCAAGGCCGCCAAGAACCAGAGCGCCAUGUACGAGAUACUCAAGCAGCGCAUCCACGCCAAACGCAAGACAUGGUACGUGGUGGGAUGUGGCUGGGAUGUGGGUGGGGCGAUAAAGGUAGGUAGCUUUGUCCGUGUGCUUCUCCGCGUUGCAUAUGUGUGUGCAGUGUAGUGGUACUGGACGAGUUUGAUCGGAUCGCGACACAGGAGGUGAUGCGUUCCGGCACGGUGCAACACAACCUCCACGCACAGCUCUUCCGCCUCGCCACGGAACCCAAGUCCAAACUCAUCCUCAUCGGUACGCCACACGCAUCGCAGAUGCUAUCAACGCACACAAACCAGCGAGACAAUAGCGCACCUUCCUCCUUUCCUCUCUGUCUGCGGAUGGAUGGAUGCAGGCAUUUCGAAUGCCCCCCUGGGAUCGCUCAAGGGGAAACUGGAACCACACCGUAACCAUCACAUCCACACAUACAAUACAGCAAAUGACACAAAUUCAGACACAUCCUCUCCUUUCUCCCCUUUGUCUCCCCUCCCUCCCUCCCUCCCUCCCUCCUUCCCCCAGUGCACCCGCAGGUUCUCGAGUUCAAGGAGUACACAUCCGCCCAGCUGCAGCAGAUCGUAGAGAGCCGCAUCGACAAACAGGCCCCGCCCCCGCCCCCGCCCCCACCCGACCCCACCGACACACACAUGGCGUCCCCCGACGACCCACCCGUCCGAGCCGGCCGCAGAAACAAGCGCAAGAACAGCCGCAUCUCCACCAGUGCGCGUGAGGGCGACCAGGACGGCCCCAAGCGGCUCAAGGAUGAGGCGGGGGUGGGGAGGGCCGUAAAGGCGACACACACACACAACAAGGGGGAGGGGGAGGGAGAGGCGGACGAGGAGGGGAAGGAGUUUGAGGAACGGACGGGGGGCGGUCGUGGUGGGGUUCGCAUGACUGCCACGUCGCGGAAUGCUGUGGCGUUGAUGUGUAAGAAGGCGGCCAUCCAGCACAAGGGCGACGCUCGCAAGACACUGGGCAUGGCCAGGUUCGUCACACAGCACAGCACAGCAACGAGCGACACGAGGCACACAAGAGAGACGAGUGCAUGCCGCCCAUCCACUCUGAUUCCUCUCUGUGUGUGUCUAUCUCUGCGUGUGUCAGGACCGCCCUGGGUGCGCGCAUCGAGAACUUGAGCCAGGAGUUGCAACAGCCCAAUCCCCGCUCGUCGUCGGUGGCCCUCGCCUCACCCUCUCGUCGGUCAUCGCGCCGCCGCGGCUCACCCGGACCCGCUGCACCGGCUGCCGCGGCUGGUGCCAGUGCCGAUGGUGGUGGUGCGGGUGCCACCGUGCAGAUCGGGAUGGCUGAGGUGGCGGCAGCGGCGCGGGCGGGUCGUGAGAGCCGUGUGUCCAUCCCCAGCCUGGACCGGAGCAUGCACAUCUUGCUGCUCGCCGCACUGCAGCUCUCCAAGAAGAGCACCACGGGCACAUUCACCGGACAGCAGUUCAUGGUCAGUCAGUCGGUACACACCACGCAUGCAUGACGUGACAGGAGGGAGGGAGCGAUCCCCAGGAGAGGAGUGGGGCGAGCGCAUGGCGUCUGUGUGUGUGUGUGUGUUGUUCAGGAUGAGCACAGGAGGGUGUUGCGUUGGUGCUUCAUGGACGAGUACGGCGGGGCGGCCAACUUCUGGGAUACGGUGCAGAACACACAGGGAUACGGACUCAUCGGAGUGCACGGUGAGGAUCCUUCACACACAUCCAAUCCACGACCCGUCUGUGCGCAUUGCAUUUGUAUGUCUCCUCCGUGUGAUUGUGUGCGUGUGUCUCUCUCUUACCAUCCAUCCAUCCAUCCAUGCAUCCAUCCAUCGAUGUAUCAGGCCCGCGGAAGACCAAGACGGCACACUGUUACGGCCCCGGCGCUAUCAAGAACCGAUACAGCGUGCAGGACAUCCCCGGGGGCGAAGUGGAUUCCACCAUUGCCCUGCUCAAGCAACUCAUCUUCCCGACAGACACACAGAUGACCGACAGCCAGCAAUCGUGAACCAAUCACCACUGACAACUGAUAAGCGAGGGGGAGGGAGGGAGGGUGAAUGGUGGGAGGGGGGAGCGUAUGGGUCUCUUCCUUUGCAUGGAUGGAUCCGUGACGUGACGUGACGUGGCCUGGCGUGGGCUGUCUUGUGUUGUGUUGUGUUCUACGUUGUGCAAAUGUCGUCUGUAGUCAUGACCCGCCCCGCCGGCACAUUGAUGGACACCCCGCCUACGAACGGACGGCUGGCUGGCUGUGAACAGGGUGUUCGUUGACGAUGGUUGGGCAUGGUUGCGCAGAUGAGUGACUCAGAGUGAGCACGGAAUGGAUGGAAUGGGUGGGGAUAUUUUUUAUUUGGCUGGCUGUGCAAUUCACCCGCAAACCACACCACACCACACCACACCACUUCUGCCAGCACUAGUUGCCCCAUUGCCGCUCUGACCUUUGGCCGCUCUUUGACUGAGCUUGAGGACAGGGGCAUUGAUGGGACAACUAGUGCUGGGAGGGGGAGGGGUGGUGUGUGUGGCCUGGGAUGUGUGUGAGUGGACGGACUAACCGACAAGACAGACAGACAGACAGAGACAACGGCUCGACUGACUCGCUCAAGUGAAC